AUGGAUACGGGCACCACCGUGAGUAGCUUCCCGAAGGUGGCUUAUGAAGCGUUACGUGACGCUUUUGUUGCGAAAACCACGAAUGUCCCUCGGCUAGCUAGAGUAGAAAUGUUCUACACUUGUUAUAAUUUGUCUGGGUUUGUAUAUCGUAUACCGAUCAUAUCGUUCUAUUUCUCAAGUGGGACAGUCGUGAACAUCCCACCAAAUUACUUUUUAAUUGUUCUAGAUGGGGGAAUUUCUUGUCUUGCAUUUACUUCAUCCUCUUCUGAUUUAUCUAUUAUUGGAAACAUCCAGCAAGAACAAAUACAUAUUACAAUUGAUAUGGCUUCUAUCUCUGCAAGAUUUGGUCCCAACAAUUGCUGA